AUGGGCGUUCGGGGCGGCGGGCAGGGCCGGGUGUCCCGGCCGUGCUGUUGCCUUGCAGCGAGCUUGACGCUGGCGGUGUUGGCCGCAGUGGCCGGGCCGCUCGCAGCUGGGGAGUGGGAGCCCACAGAGGGGCCGCCCGAGCCCCGCGGCCGCUCCCCUUUCCAGCCCAGCACCGGCCUGUCCCCGGUGGAGUUCGGGGCGGUGGUCGCGGCCUCGUACCGGGGCCCUGGGAACGGCGACACCCGCCGCAACCGGGAGUUGCCCAUCCUGCUGUGGUGGAGCCCGGGCCUCUUCCCGCACUUCCCGGGGGACACGGAGCGCAUCGACUGCGCGCGCCACUCCUGCCUGGUGACCCGGCGCCGGCGCGUGGCGCUGCACCAGCGCACCAAGGCCAUCAUCUUCUACGGGACGGACUUCCGGGCCUACGAGGCCCCGCUGCCGCGGCUGCCCCACCAGACCUGGGCGCUGUUCCACGAGGAGUCCCCCAUGAACAACUACCUGCUCUCCCACCGGCCCGGCAUCAGCCUCUUCAACUACACGGCCACCUUCCGGAGGGAGUCGGACUAUCCCCUGACCCUGCAGUGGCUACCCAGCCUGGCCUACCUGCGCCGGGCCGCUCUGCCGCUGGCGGAAAAGGAGCGGUGGCGAAAGCAGGGCUAUGCCCCGGUGCUGUACAUGCAGUCCCACUGCGAUGUCCCCUCCGACAGGGACAGAUACGUGCGGGAGCUCAUGAAGCACAUCCAGGUAGACUCCUAUGGUAAAUGCCUGAAUAACCGAGAGCUUCCCAGUGAGAGGCUGAGGGACACUUCUACAGCCACAACAGAGGAUUCUGAAUUCAUGACCUUUAUCUCCAGGUACAAGUUUCAUCUUGCGAUGGAGAAUGCCAUAUGCAAUGACUACAUGACCGAGAAGCUGUGGCGUCCAAUGCAUUUGGGCGCCAUCCCUGUAUACCGAGGCUCCCCAUCUGUGCGGGACUGGAUGCCUGAUGAACUCUCCAUCAUCCUCGUGGAUGAUUUCCGAAGCCCCCAAGAGCUAGCACAGUUCCUUGACUUCCUGGACAGGAAUGGAGAGGAGUAUUUGAAAUACCUAGAGUAUAAGAAGCCGGGAGGCAUUACAAACCAGUUUCUGCUGGAGAACAUGGAGAGGCGUGAGUGGGGAGUGAAUGACAUGACUUUGCCCAAUUACCUGAACGGCUUUGAGUGUUUCAUCUGUGACAGGGAGAACAUCCGAGUCGCUGAUGAGAGGGAUCAUAAGAAAUCUCAUGGGAAAGUGCCAGCUCCUGAACCCCACAUAGCUAAGUUCACACACAUGGGGUGUCCCAUGCCAGCCCCUGGCUUUGGAAACAUUGAGGAUCUCUCUGCAGGAGACAGCUGGAAGGAGAUGUGGCUACAGGAUUAUUGGCAGAGUCUUGACCAGGGUGAGGCUCUCACCACCAUGAUUCACCACAACGAGUCUCAUCAGGGAAGAUUUUGGGAUUACAUGCAUGAGAUCUUCCUGAAGAGGACCAGACAGCAAUGACCAUCGUCAUGAGCACCUGGUUCAGUGUUACAUGGAAGGCUGGGAUGGUAGGGACUUUUACCUGUCUCCGAAGACUGUGUUUUGGAACGCAAGAGGAAUUGCUCAUCUUGUAUCUCAUUCUGACUUUGGAGUCCUUCCUUUCAUGGGGUCUGAGGACAGUCAGUCUGAUCAGGCUUGAGUUCACACACACACCCCCCACACACACACAUACCACUUCAGCAGUGGGCCCUGUUCUGGAGACACCGUCUUCAGAGUCUGGGGUCAGAGAAGAAUUCAAUCUCUUUGUGCUUUCAGUGUAAUUUCCUUCUGACCAAAAAAGUAUUACACUUUGUGCCAAAUGACUUGGAACAUAGGCCAGUUGAGGCUGAACUGAGGUGUCCUGAGCUUGUUUCAUUUCAGGAAUUUAAUUCCACAUAUUCAGUAUUAUUUUUGUAAAGGCUUUUUAUUUCGCUAGGCACUUAUCCCUCCCAUUAAGAUGGGUGUUUUUUUAAAAUCAGGGAUACUGGUAAAUGACCAGCUUUUAUGAACAGGUAAUUUUUCCAGUGAGGCAAUUAUGAUAGAUUAAUAUCUGGGGAGAGGGGUUAUGCCUUAUGAAACUUCAGUGAUAAAGCAUUCCCCCUUCAAGUGAAUAAGCCUCAAACAUAGUAAAUUUCAGGAAGCUUUUUCCCUUCCCCUCCCCUUCCCUCCCCUCCAUCAAACAGAGUUCACUUCUGUUAAAUGAUGACAAUCUUAGUGGUCUUGGCAAAAACAUCAUUUCAGAUGUGGUAUUUCUUACUCCUGUAAAUCUCAUAAUGAUCAGGAUAUGGAAAGAACUGUGCAAUUUAUACCCCCACACUGUGUGGGCAUGAGCACAUGUGCGAUUUACAUGCUGUGUGAGUCCAAUUCACUACUUAUCCUGUGUUCCGUGAACUAAUGACAACGGAUCUUAGACCAUCCCUCUAACCCAGUGGUUCUCAAACUUUUUUUUCCUGUGGAUCACUGGAAAAUUGCUGAGAGUCUCGGCGGACCACUUAAUGAUCUUUUCAAAUAUUGUUUGUACCAUUAGCUAACUAUUGUAAAGCCCUUUGGAUAAAAGUGCUAUAUAAAAAACUUAAUAAUAAUUUUUUUUGUUCUACAAAUAAAAGCACACAACUCAUAUUUUAAUAUCAGUAGUCUUACCUUUCUAAUGUGAUGGAUGUGCCCUCUCUCCCCUGCCACGGCAGCCCUUGAGCUGGGGCUGGGAAGGAGAGCUGACUCUCCCUGGCAGCCGCAGGCCUGGUGCUGGGGGAAAAGUAUUUAGAAUUGAACCAUAGCCAUAAUCAGUGCGGAUGAAAGUGGAAUAAUGUUUUACAUUUAUUACUGCUAUUAAUACAACCUCUUUUACAACAGCAUUGUAUUGUUGACUUGUUUAAUUUAUCAUCCAUUAUGGCGACUAGAUGCUGUCUUGUGCCUAUAUGCAGUGUAUCUUUGUUCUGUUUUUGUGCAGUUGAUUAAUCCUUCAUAGACGUGUUUCUCUGCAGUUAUCUCUCUCUCAUUUUAUUGAUUUUUAGCCCUUUUUUCAGUUUAUCAAUAGAGUAUUUUAAUUCCAUUCUCCAAACUAUCUACACUCCAUCCCAGCGUCAUAUAAUCAGAAUUUGUUUCACUUGCUCUUGUUGCCAUCUUAUCCCUCCCAUUGGAUAAGAUGGCAACUUAUCCAAUGGGAUAAGUCCCUAAUGAAAGUAUUAAUAGUGCUGGACCCAGAACAGACCUCUAAGGAACAUCAGACAGCAUCUCCUCCUAACUUGACAUUGAAUCAUUGAUCAUUUAUGUUCAUUUUUUUCAUUCAGUUCAGUCAUUUUAUGUAAAUUCCAUCUAAUCUGUUUUUUAAGGGACUGCCACAUGGAACUGUAUCAGAUGCCUUACUAAAAUGGAGAUAUGUUCCCUUCUGCCUUUUAUUUAGCAACUAAACUUGUUAUCCAGUCACACACACAAACUUAGCAUGAUUUGUUUAAUAAACU